UGUCAGCGACACAGACAAAACACUGACAGACUCUUACAGCAGCGCAGUGUGAGCACGAGAAAUGACUGAUUUCUGUUGCUGUGACGUUCAUUCUGAAUAAAACAACGGGAGGAAUUGACGCAGACAUGGACCAGGAGUUUGAUGAAAUAGAUUCAGAGGUCCGCUGGCAGAACCUUUAUUUAGAAGUACGCAACCAGUCACACGAGUGUGCAUUCAAAGUGGCCAAGUAUCCAGAGAAUCGCAACCGCAACAGAUACAGAGAUGUAAGCCCGUUUGACCACAGUCGGGUGAAGUUAGAAAACAUAGAGAAUGACUACAUUAAUGCAAGUCUGGUGGUGAUGGAAGAAGCGCAGAGAAGAUACAUACUUACCCAGGGUCCAUUGAGAAACACCUGUGGCCACUUUUGGCUGAUGAUCUGGGAGCAGAAGUCCAAAGCCGUUAUCAUGCUCAACAGAGUAAUAGAGAAAGGCUCGGAAAAGUGUGCACAAUACUGGCCAACACAAAAGGAACAUGAGAUGUCGUUUCGCGACACUCGCUUUGUGGUGACACUAGUGUCAGAGGAUGUGAAGUCAUAUUACACCACCAGAGUGCUGGAACUCCAGAAUGCAAAUACGGGGGAGACAAGAGAGAUCUACCACUUUCAUUAUACCACAUGGCCUGACUUUGGUGUACCAGAAUCCCCCGCCAGCUUCCUGAACUUCCUGUUUAAGGUACGGGAGUCCGGUUCACUCGGGAUGGAUCAAGGUCCAGCUGUGGUGCACUGCAGUGCAGGUAUUGGACGAUCGGGAACAUUUUCUCUGGUUGACACUUGUCUUGUCUUGAUGGACAAAAAGAAAGACCCACUGGCAGUAGACAUUAAAAAGAUUCUGCUGGACAUGAGAAAGUAUCGGAUGGGUCUGAUUCAGACUCCUGACCAGCUGCGUUUCUCAUACAUGGCUGUGCUGGAAGGAGCCAAGUGUAUUAUGGGAGACUCCUCUGUGCAGAAACAGUGGCGAGAGCUUUCCCGAGAGGACCAGGAGCCCCUGUCUGAGUCUCCCCCGCCACCACAACCUCCUAAGUGCACAGAGCGCUAUAACGGCAGCAAGAUGUCUCAUCUGGAGGAUGGGAUGGACACGAAGACAGCAAAAAAAUCAGGCCUAGAGACCCCAAAUAAAGAACCAGACAGAGAUGCUGGAACAAAUGGUCGUAAAAGACAGAGGGAUGAGAAGAUACCCAACUCAUCACAGAAGACUCAGAAACAGACAAAACCCAGAAUCAAUGACCCAGAUAAGAAGAGGAAAAGAGUGAGAACAACCAGUGACUCCUAACUCCAUGGCAACCUCAGCAAGAGAUCUCCAUCCCAUAAUGCUCUCCCAUCCACCUCUGUGUUUUUUUUUUUUUUUAAACCGUUUACAGCAUGAACUCUUGAAGAAAGUUUCUCCACUCCGCACAACAGCACAAACCAGCACUGUUACAGGGGAUGAAACUCAAUAUCAAGAGGACAGUGCAUCGAUUGGUUUUAAUUUCAAUGGACCUAUUUUGUGUCUUUGUUUUUUUAAAUUUUGCUCUUUGUUUUUGUUGGGGAAAAAGCAGCAGGAUCUGAAGUAGGUCUAUGCAUUUCUUAUGCUAUUCAAACAUUGUAUUUUUAGACAACUUUUUUUCAGAGGCAAAAUGAAAUGCUCUAUUUUUUAUAAGAAAUUACUUGAAAUUUCCUAUCAUAUCUGCAGGACUGUAUGCUCAAAUCCAAUUUGUGAGAUUGUUAGAUGAUGUCUUAUGCUGAUGAGUGGUCACAUUGUGUACAUAGUGUACCUUAUGAAAUGUAAAAAAGAAAUUGAUUGUACAAAAUGAUAAGCAGACACUGCAUUUGAUUGAGACACAGAACAAAUCAACAGUGUGUGAUGUUGAAGAGUCUUACUUUUCUUUAUCCAAAAGUAGGAUCCACGAAUAAAACUGGCAGCAUUUAGUUUCUG